UAUGGGUUCUUUCUUUCUUUCUUUCUCUAUGCCUUAGCGGUGGUUCACGGUCGCGGCGGAGGAGGAGGAGGAGCGGCGGUGGAACUGUGGUGUGUGGCAAAGAACAAUGCCGCUGAUAAUGCACUACAGUCGUCCCUCGAUUGGGCUUGUGGGCCUGGAGGAGCAAACUGCUGGCCCAUCCAGAAAGGUGGGCCCUGCUAUGACCCGUCGGACCUCCAGCGUACGGCGUCGUUCGCCUUCAAUGAUUACUUCCUCAAGCAUGGCCUCACUGAGGAAAGCUGUAAUUUUAGUAAUACGGCUGCUCUCACUUCUCUCAAUCCUAGUCACAAUAAUUGCAAAUUUCCAUCUAUCAGCUUGAGCACAAGUAAUGGAACCUUUACUGGAUCAGUGACGGAAGGGCCGACUGUUGCGGAUAGCAGUCAUUCAAUUACUCACAGAUGGAGUCGAGGAUUGAUCGUGUUUCUUCUGCUCUUUGUGUAACCCCGCUAACUUUCUGAAAGGAACAAAGUUCGAAUAUAAAUGGUUUCGAAUUGUUCGUGUUCAAUUACCAUGUGAAUAUACUCCAUGACAGUUAAUGAGUCCAGAUUUAGUUUGAAUUUGUGAAUUUCUUUAUCAUACGAGUUGUGUUUGAUCAUUUUGGUGUUUAUUGACUGUUGGACAGCUACACAAUAGUGA